ACCUACAAAUGUGAUAUUUGUGGAAAAGGAUUUGUCCAAAACAGUAACUGUAAAGUUCACAAGAAAAUCCAUACUGGCGAAACACCUUACAAAUGUGAUAAAUGUGGAAAAGUAUUUGGUCAUAAAGGCAAUUAUAAUAUACACAAGAAAAUCCAUACUGGUGGAAAACCUUACAAAUGUGAUAUUUGUGGAAAGGAAUUUUGCCAAAAAAAUAUUUAUCAAAUUCACAUGAGAACACAUGCUAGCGAAAAACCUUACAAAUGUGAUGUAUGUGAUAAGGAAUUUGGUCAGAAAGGCAACUAUAAUGAACACAUGAGAAUUCAUACUGGGUUUCACCGAGAAAGCGCCUGUCGAAUUCACAUGAGAAAGCAUACUGGUGAACAACCUUACAGAUGUGAUGUUUGUGGAAAACAGUUUCGCAGAAAAAGUAAUUGUCUAACUCACAUGAGAACACAUACUGGCGAAAAACCUUACAAAUGUGAUAUUUGUGAAAAAAAGUUUUGCAAAAAAGAUAAUUGUCUAAUUCACAUGAGAACACAUACUGGUGAAAAACCUUACAAAUGUGAUGAAUGUGGUAAAGAAUUUAGUACCAAGAGCAACUAUAAUGUACACAUGCAAAAACAUACUGGCGAAAAACCUUACGCAUGUUAUAUUUGUGGAAAAGAAUUUGGCCAAAGCAGUUCUUGUCGUACACACAUGAUAACACAUACUGGCGAAAAACAUUACAGAUGUGAUGUAUGUGGUAAAGCAUUUGGUCACAAAAGCAAUCGUAAUAAACACAUGAAAAUCCAUACUUGGAAAGAUAAGAUGUGAUAUUUUGAAAAAGAGUUGGCAGAAUCAGUAAUUGUCUGAGACAUACAAAAACAUAUACUGAUAAAAGAAGACCUAAAGUGUGACGUAUGGGUACAAGCUUUAGUUCCGACGGUUAUUAUCGUAAAGACAUUAUAACCCAUACUUGUGAUGAAUAAUUGCAUGCACAUUUACCUGUAUCGGUAAAUAAUUUAGUGAAAAAAGUCACUUUUAUAGGCACACGAGAAUUCAUGAAAUUUACAAAAGUGGUGUACAUGUAUGAAGACAGAUUUUGUACCUUUCCAGAUAAAUAUUGCCAAAUGGCUUCGAAUGGGAUUCCGUCUUUGGGAACGAUUCACAAUGCGGGGUACUAGCUCUUUAUUCACACACAAGUCGGCAGUUCAAUACAGUAAACAUAAACAAAUUGGUAAAGUCCAAAUUCAUUUAAUAAAGUCCAAAUAUAAAGUAUCAGUGUUACAACUUAGUUAAUUUAAACCAAAAACAAUGUAUAUGAUUGCGAUGGAAAAUCCGAACGCAGUUCAUGUGCUCUCGUUGGCAUAUCCAAACGGAGUCCUUAUAUACAAAUUUAUCUUUCUUUA